AGGCGGUAGCUGGCCAGGAGAAGCUCCAGCCCAUGUCUUCAUCAUCAGAGAGGGAGGAUCUGGUUGACACUGCGGAGCCACAUUCACUGCUCGUCUGUGGAAAUGAGGAGAAGCAUGAUCAGGACACUCGAGUGGCGAUGAGACAAAGAAAAGGAAGCAGGUAAACGAUAGCUCUACCCUGCUGCGUCGACGCUCCCUGCUGUGACCUCUGGGGGGCGACAGGCUGCUGCUGCUGCUGCUGGGGAGAGGAGGAGGAGGCCGGGCAUAGGAAUGUAGAUCACUGCUGGUGCUGGAGAUGCAGACCACAGAGGAGCUGAGAAUGACACAGAAUAUAUAAGCUAGGCGAUGGAUGGGCAGCAGAUCCAGGUGAGCGACGAAGAGCCUAAAGUCCUGAGAGAAGACACCCGGAGGAGGAGGAGAAAGAAAGCCAUCACGUCGUCCUCUGGCACGUCCAUGGAUCAGAUAACUGUGGAGUUCGUGCUGCCCACUGUGGCACGGGGCGGAAGCGGCCCUGACAGUCUGCUGCUGGAGGUCGCUGGAAACUGGACCGUAGAACAGGUGAAAGCUCAGGUGUGGCUGAAGGCGGUGACUUCAAACCUCUGCCCUGAGUUCUACCAGCGGUUUUCCCCUGACCACUGCAUCCUGCUCUACCAGAAGAAAGGCAACGUGUGUGAGAUCUACGACAAGCACCAGGUCUUCCAGACGCUCGACUGCAUUCGCUACUGGAGAGCCCUGAAGAAGGACGUGGGGCGGAUCCAGCUGGUGCCCCGCCCCCAGCCCUCGGACGAGUCCCUGCAGUACCAGCGCUACCUGAACUACCUGAUUGGCUACGAUGUGACGGAUGUCAGCAAUGUGCACGACGAUGAGCUGGAGUUCACCCGCAGGAAGCUGCUGACGCCGCGACGCAUCGAGCUGUCUGACCGCGACCCUAAACUCUACUCCAUGGACCCAUGGGUGACCCGCAAGCUGCUGCCUGAGCACCUGCUGAGCAAGGUCAGUAACGGUCACAUCCUGGUGGUGAUCCACAUCACCACGGCCAGCCAGACCAUCAAGGUCUCCAUCGACGACACACCGGCACAGGUGCUGGCAAGUUUUUUCGCCAAGACAGCAAAUAAAAGACCGUUGCUGGGCAUCCCUGAAAACAUGUGUGAGGCGGACUAUGUGCUGCGUGUGUGUGGCAGGGAGGAGUACCUGUACGGGGAUAAACCACUGCAGAACUUCAACUGGAUCCGUCAGUGUCUGAAAAAUGGUGAAGAGAUCCACCUGGUUCUGGAGAUGCCGCCUGAUCCCGAUCAGGAUCUGGUCCAGAGGGAGGACUGGGCCCAAGUGGAUGACUGCACCGGAGUAGCAGGUACCCAUGAGCAGUUGACCAUCGACGAGAAAGACCAUGAACGAGUGUUCACCAUCUCCAUGUGGGACUGUAACAGGAAGUUCAGAGUGAAGGUGCUGGGUAUCGACAUCCCAUCCCUGCCCAAAAUCCCAGAGUUCAUUGUCUUCAUAGAGGCCAGCAUCUUCCACGGCCAGCAGCUUUUAGCCCAGGAGAGGACGACCUCCAAAACCUUCAACGAGGAAGUGCUGUGGAACUGCUGGUUGGAGUUCAACAUUAAGAUCAAGGACCUGCCGAAGGGGGCACGCCUCAACCUCCAGGUGGUUUGUGGGAAGCAACCUCUGACACCAAACUCCAAGGGAAGCUCCUACCAGGACAAUACGGGAGGAGGGGGCAGCCAUGAUGGAAAGACCAAGAGUCGUCUCCUGUACUAUGUCAACCUGCUGCUGAUCGACCACCGCUCUCUGCUCCGCCAAGGUGAGUUCAUCCUCCACAUGUGGAAAAUGCCAGAGAAGAGUGAGGAAAGCAGCAGCAGCAUCAACGCAGACAAGCUCACCUCGGCAACCAACCCAGACAAGGCCUCCUCCAUGGCCAUUGCCAUUUUACUGGACAAGUACUGUUACCCCGUGGUGCUGCCCAAGAGCCGGGACGUGAGCCGGGACGUGAGCCGGGACGCGGUGGCUGGGGGUGAGGAAGCCGAGGCAGGGGAGCGGGGUCAGAGAGAGAUGCCAAACCAUCUGAAGAAACAGUUUGGGGCUAUCGUGGCGACCGACCCCCUGCAUCCACUCAGUCCUGAGGACAAAGAGCUGCUCUGGCACUUCAGACAAGAGUGUAUGCGCGACCCCAGGGCUUACCCAAAGCUGCUGGGCUCAGUCAGGUGGGGGAAACAGGAAGAUGUUUUGGCAACACAUCGUCUGUUGGAGCGCAGCAGUGCCUGGGACAGCAGUGGCCUGGAUGUCGGUCUGGCCAUGCAGCUGCUGGACUGUCACUACUCUGAUGCUCAGGUUCGCUCGAUGGCUGUCAGGAAGCUGGAGACUCUGGAGGAUGAUGAUGUGCUCAGGUAUCUCCUGCAGCUUGUACAGGCGGUCAAGUUUGAGCCCUACCAUGACAGUGCCCUUGUGAGGUUCCUGCUGAAGAGAGCUCUGAGGAGUAAGCGUAUUGGUCAUUUUCUCUUCUGGUUCCUGCGCAGUGAGAUUGCCCAGUCCAUGCACUACCAGCAGAGGUAUGCUGUGCUGCUGGAGGCCUACCUCAGAGGCUGUGGUGAGGCCAUGCUGCAGGACUACAGGAAACAGGUGGAGAUGACUGAGGCUCUGCAGAAAGUCACUCGUGAGAUGAAGGCCAUGUCGGCUGACAAAUAUGACGUCACUGCACAAGUGGUAUUUCAGUUGCGUCAGAAGCUGGAGACUCUGCAGUUGUCGGGUCUGCCAGAGAGUUUCAGAGUCCCUUAUGAUCCUGGGCUGAGAGCUGGAGCCCUGUUGAUCGAGCAGUGUAAAGUGAUGGCGUCUAAGAAGAAGCCAUUGUGGCUGCAGUUUAAAAGGGCCGACCCCACCACUCUGUCCAAAGACCCCAUCGGCAUCAUCUUCAAAGAUGGCGACGACCUCAGGCAGGAUAUGCUCAUCCUCCAGAUCCUGCUCAUCAUGGAGUCAAUCUGGGAGACUGAGUCCCUGGAUCUGUGUCUGUUACCGUACGGCUGCAUCUCCACUGGAAACAGAAUAGGUAUGAUUGAGAUUGUGAAGGAUGCCACCACCAUCGCUAACAUCCAGCAGAGCGUUGUUGGAAGCACUGGCGCUUUUAAAGAUGAAAUCCUGUAUCAGUGGCUGCGGGACAAGUGUGUCAGCGAGGACAAGUUCCAGCAGGCUGUGGAGAGGUUCCUGUAUUCCUGUGGUGGCUACUGUGUGGCUACAUACGUCCUGGGAAUUGGGGAUCGCCAUAACGACAACAUCAUGAUCACUGAAUCUGGGAAUCUCUUCCACAUCGACUUCGGUCACAUCCUGGGGAAUUACAAGAGCUUCAUGGGAAUCAGUAAGGAGUGGGUUCCCUUCGUGCUAACACCAGACUUCCUGUACGUCAUGGGGACAUCAGGAAAGAAAAGCAGCCCCCACUUCCAGAAAUUCCAGGACGUGUGUGUGAAGGCUUACCUCGCCCUUCGGCACCACACCAACCUGCUCAUCAUCCUCUUCUCCAUGAUGCUGAUGACCGGAAUGCCCCAGCUGACUAGUAAGGAGGAUAUUGAGUACAUCCGCGAGGCGUUGACUGUCGGCCGCAGCGAGGACGAUGCCCAGCGCCACCUGCUGGACCAGAUCGAGAUCUGCAGGGAGAAAGGCUGGAUGGUUCAGAUAAACUGGUUUGUUCACCUGGUGCUGGGGAUCAAGCAGGGUGUGGAGAAACGGUCCACUUAGGACAAGUUAGGAAAGAUGCAGAUUUUUUUUGUUCCUCUUCACAUUUUGUAAUUUAGACUGUGAGUCAUCUCAGAGAUGAAGAAUAAUGAGAACAGAUGAAUUAUUAAGACAUGGCAUGUGACAUGAGUGUAAAUCCUGUGGAGCAACAAAAUCAUAAAAAAACAAUAAUUUAAAAAGAGACUGGAACUUUUAAACAAAACUACGUCAGGUGUGCAAAGUGAAUAAAGAUAAUGAGGAUUUUAACCUGUGACACUGCACACAUGCUGAAGUUAAUUAACUUAAUUAUAUUUAAUGAUGAAGAUAACCUUCAAAGUUUCUUUUUUUUUUUUACCUCAAUCACCAUCAGUAUGGCAAUCAAAAGUCUUUUCCUGCUGUCAGAGUUACCUCUACUCUCGUUUCCAAAAUCUUCCAAAAUCUCCACAAUGAGUGUGAAGAUUGAAGUGCAGGUUGAGUGAUUUGGAGACUUUUCUAUGUGACAGCAGAAACUGAGCAUAGACAACAGUUAAAGGUCCCAUAUGUUACAUUUUUCCAAUGUUUUAUUUGAAGUGUUGAUCCAUAAGAAGAUAUAUUUGGGGAUUUAAGAACCAAAAACCAUCUCAGUGUAGUUUUACAUCUCCUCUUUCAGGCUUCUCUCUCGAGCUCUAGUAAAAACAGGUCAAUGAGCCAAUCAGGAGAAAGGAUGUGAUUCCUUCCUCUGAUUGGCUGACUGUUUUCUGAGUGAUCCAAUAAAAAUAUAGCAGAUUUCAGGUAAAAGACUCAGAGAAACCAAAUCUAAGCAAGGUUGGCUGGUGUGUCCAGGUGGGCGGGGCUUGGUGACUGCUUUGUUGUGACAUCACAAAGUUACAGCAGUCUGACGGCUCGUUUUAAGGCUCAGUUACUGAAUACAGGCUGUGUGCAUUUCUCUGUGGACUGAGGCUUUGAUACUUUUACAGUAUUAAAAUAGAACCUAGACCUGAUCUAUAAUCAGAAAGACAUGGACAUCUACUUUUAUACUGUAUGGGACCUUUAAUGAUAGAUUUUGGUUAAUGAGAAUAGAAAGUUUACAUGAGUGAGGAAUUUGAUCUCUUACAUCUCUUAUUUUAAUCAUUUUCACUUGAACUACUUCCUGUUUCUACAUUUCUCAUUCAAAGUCCUUUUCUCUUGAGGAAACAUUUUUCUCUCUCUUGUCCUUCGCAUCAUUCACAUAUUAAAACCCUGUAGAUGUCGCACUGUUAAUUGAACUUUUACUGAAGUGAAGCUGCACUGUCUCAAGAAGAACUGUUAGACUAAAGAUUGAAUGAUCAGCUUGUUAAAUAGUUAGCAAAAUGUUAAACAUUUGGAGUAUUUGGUUAUAGUGAAUAAUAUGCAAGGUUCUCCUGAUCAGAGGUUGACGCUAAUAGAUUAUUGAUGAAUAUUAAAAUGUUUUCUUAUUUAUGCAGCAACAAUCUUUUUAUUUGCACUGACUGUUUAGGAUUACUUUUUACAUGUCUUUACAAACUUGGUGCUCAUGAAAUUUUAAUUCCAAAAAAGUUUUAUUAAAAGUCAAAUUUAAUGAUGCUGACAGUUGCACAUCUGUGCCAUUGUAAUGCUACAGUGGCCUGUAACAUACAGCACAUGCUGGUCAGUGCUGUCAUCACUUCUUAUUGGAUAAUGGUGUAUAGCUCUUAAUCUGUGUUUUUAUUACAGAUCGUAUUCUCAAAGUAAACAUCCUUAUAAACCAUUUUAAACUGAAGACAAAAAGUCGUUUGUCAACAUGCAUCAAGACAAACGUAUGAAAUCACAGCAGGUAAGAGUAAAAGUAACAAUCACAGAUUAUGGAUAAAUAUUCAGAGGAUUUCAUGGGCAUAAGUUGGAGAUAAAAGCUACGACCAGUGUCAGCAGUUGCAGAAUCAGUAUUUUUUAAAGCUCUCAUAAGAAUGUGUUGGACAGAUCUAAAGCUUUUUAUGUUUUGUUUUUUGUAAUAAAACCUUUUGUGCCUGUAAAUACUUUCAAUCAUCAAAGUCAAAUAAUUGGAACAUGUCAGAUUUUAUGUCUAUUUGUAUCAGAAAACUAAAGUUAUGUGCAAUAAAUACUCUGGGGUUUUUCUUCUUUAA